AUGGAUAAACUGGAACCACCAGGAGUACUUUCGCUCACGGGGAACGUGGCAGAAAAUUGGAAGAAGUUCAAACAGAGGUUUGAUGUUUACAUGACAGCUACAGGUGCGUCCGAAAAAGGUGACAAACAAAAAUCAUGCAUUUUCUUACACGUAGUAGGAGAAGAGGCAGUUCAAGUUUAUAACACCUUUGUAUUUGAUGAGGGUGAUGAGUUUAAAUUAAAGAAAAUACUCGAUAAAUUUGAGGCGUAUUGCACACCAAAACGCAAUACUACGUAUGAGAGACAUAAGUUCUUCACGAGGGUGCAGAGGUCCGAUGAGACCAUAGACCAAUAUGUGACGGAAUUACGAACUAUGGUAAAGAACUGUGAGUUCGGGGAUCUAGCAGAUUCUCUAAUACGUGACAGAAUAAUAUGUGGGGUCCCAGACAACACGCUGAAAGAGAGACUUUUACGAACAGUCGAUCUAACAUUAGACAAAGCACUUGCAACCUGUAGAGCAGCAGAGUCGACAAAGGAACAAAUAAAGAGUAUUGUCCCUCCUUCUGAAGUACAUGCCAUUGGGGGAAAACCCGAAGACAAAAAAGUUCGGGCAUUUAAGCAAGGUAAAAUUUGUGGACGGUGUGGAUAUGAUGAUUCACAUAAGACUUGCCCUGCUAUGGGUCAAAUUUGCAAUAAGUGUAAUGGUGCAAAUCACUUUGCAAAAGUCUGCAGAUCAAAAGGCAAACAAAAUAGUACCAGAAAGAAAAUACAGAAGAAGAAACACAUUCAUGACAUUCAGGAUGAACAAGCCUUCUUCAUCGACGCUCUGGAGACAGUUCAUUCCGACAAACCUGAGGAGUGGCGUGUAACUCUAUGUACCAAUGGCAAAGGAAUCAACUACAAGUUGGAUACAGGUAGUCAAGUCAACAUCCUGCUGGAGAAACAGUAUCACAGUCUACGAUGGAAGCCAAAACUACACAAGACAAAUAUACAGCUUAUGUCGUACAGCAAGCAUAGUAUUCCGGUCUUAGGAGCAUGUGUUUUAGAAGUUUCUCAUCAGAGAAAAGCAGCUAAGGUCUACUUUGUGAUAGUUCAGGAUGCUUCAACAGCAAUCUUAGGCGUAAAAGCUUGCGACAAGUUAGGACUAGUGAAACGCACAUAUACAAUAGAAAACUGCACAAAGAUUACAGACACAACUGCACAGAUUGUGGAUCAAAAUAAUGACUUGUUCGAAGGAUUAGGAUGUUUACCAGGUGAACAUAAAUUAACCAUAGAUCCAGACAUUACACCAGUAGUGAGUCCAUGUCGUAAAAUACCUUUCGCUCUACAUGAAAAACUCCAAGAUGAACUUAAACGCAUGGAGGAUAUGGGUGUCAUAUGCAAAGAAACCGAACAUACAGAUUGGGUGAGUCCGAUUGUAAUCGCUCCGAAAAAAGACGGAAAGAUCCGCGUGUGUCUUGAUCCAAUUCAGCUGAACAAAGCGAUACAGAGAGAACAUUACAAGCUGCCAACGCGAGAUGAGAUUCAUGCGAAGUUCAAGAAUGCACAUUAUUUCAGUAAACUUGAUGCUCGCACUGGAUUCUGGCAAAUGAAACUGGAGCAGAAUUCCUCAAAACUUACCUGUUUCAAUACACCAUUCGGAAGGUAUAUCGAUUUCUGCGUCUACCUUUCGGUAUCUCAUCAGCACCCGAGAUAUAUCACAGGACAAUUCAUAUGA